AAUUGGAGAGAGAGCAACACAGAGAACGAAGGGGAAAAGAGAGAGAGAGAGAGACCUCCAUCCUUCCUGGUGGGAGGUUUUGAGAUGCGCAUCUUCCUUCCUGCCCCUCCCUUUCUUUCUCUCUCUCUCUCCUCCCUCCAUGUCGUCCUCCUCUUCUUCCUUCCUCCUCUCGGUGUUCGUCUCGUCAGACCCGGCCUAGCUUCAUAAGCCCUAAGCCCGGAACCUUGGAGCCUCACGGGGAAGACAUCUGGGCGCGAGCCGGCCGAGGCCCCACUUACUUGGCCGGGCAAUGCUGCGCUAAGCUAGCCGCCGUUUGCGCACUUCCUGCCGGCUUGGCUUUGUGCUGAGGAAAGGGGUUGGCGGUGGGGGGGAAUGUAGACGAGAAGGUGGGACCCGAAGCCGCGUCUGCUCUGUGCCCGUCCGCCGAGCGGCCUCUUUGCCAGGCUCCCCCCUCACACAAGAUGUCGACCAGGACGCCUUUGCCCACGGUCAACGAGCGUGACACCGAGAACCAUUCGUCGGUGGACGGCUUCGUGGAGCCCCCGGUUCCUCCGACAAAGUCGGCGAGUCGCCACAGCCUGCCGCGAUGUCGCAACUCUUUCACCUCCGCGGAGGAGCACCCGCACAUCGGGAACUACCGCCUCCUCAAGACCAUCGGGAAGGGUAAUUUCGCCAAGGUCAAGCUGGCGCGACACGUCCUGACUGGACGAGAGGUGGCAGUGAAGAUUAUAGAUAAAACCCAGCUGAAUCCCACCAGUCUACAAAAGCUCUUCAGAGAAGUGCGAAUAAUGAAGUUACUGAAUCAUCCAAAUAUUGUAAAAUUAUUUGAGGUGAUUGAAACGGAGAAGACGCUGUAUUUGGUGAUGGAGUACGCCAGUGGCGGUGAGGUGUUUGACUACCUGGUGGCCCAUGGUAGGAUGAAGGAGAAGGAGGCCAGGGCCAAGUUCAGGCAGAUUGUGUCUGCUGUGCAGUAUUGCCACCAGAGGAGGAUAGUUCACAGGGAUCUUAAGGCCGAAAAUCUGCUAUUGGAUGCAGACAUGAACAUCAAGAUAGCAGACUUCGGCUUUAGCAACGAGUUCACCGUGGGCAGCAAGUUGGACACCUUCUGCGGUUCCCCACCCUACGCCGCCCCGGAACUCUUCCAGGGAAAGAAGUAUGACGGACCAGAGGUGGACGUGUGGAGCCUUGGGGUCAUCCUCUACACACUGGUCAGCGGCUCCCUGCCUUUUGACGGACAAAACCUCAAGGAGCUGAGAGAGCGGGUCCUGCGGGGAAAGUAUCGCAUCCCCUUCUACAUGUCCACAGACUGUGAAAACCUGCUGAAGAAACUACUGGUGCUCAACCCGGUCAAACGUGGCAGUUUGGAGCAAAUCAUGAAAGACCACUGGAUGAAUGUGGGUCACGAGGAGGAGGAGCUGAAGCCGUACAUCGAGCCCGAAGCCGACUUCAGCGACUCGUCCAGAAUAGAGCUCAUGGUGACCAUGGGCUUCCCUAAAGAUGAGAUCACAGAGUCCUUACAAAGCCAGAAGUACGAUGAUGUCAUGGCCACUUAUCUGCUGCUGGGAAGAAAAGCACCAGAGUUCGAAGGGAGCGAGCCCCUGACCAACAGCGUCCUGGCCCAGCGGCAGCGGCCCACCAGCGACAUCAACAACGGCUCCAGUAUUUCUCCCGCCCAUCCCAAAGUCACGCGCAGCAUCUCGGCCAAUCAGAAGCAGCGCCGCUACAGUGAUCAUGUGGGUCCCUCCGUGCCACCGGCGGUGUCGUACACGCGGCGCGGCCAGGCCCUGAGCGUGGAGAGCGACCACCGAGAGGAGUGGGACGGAGCCCGCCGGCUGGAGCUCAGCACUUCCAAGGGAGACGUUUCCGCCUCGCCACUGGGAGUGCAGGAGAGGAAGAAAACCACAACUGGCGUCGGGACCAACGGAUCUAUGACUCGCAGGAACACGUACGUGUGCGAGCGAGCUUCCACUGAGCGCUAUUCGGCCAUUCCUAAUGGCAAAGACAGCAGUUUAACCGAGGUGUCGGGCAGCACCCCGUCGACCGCAGUGACCUCCACGCGGCCUCGUCACAUCAAGUCCAUGUCAUCUUCAGGACACCCUUCAAAGAGCACACUGCCCCCCAUCGAUGACAACACAGAGUUGAAAUCCAGCUCCUCUCCAAGGGGUCCCUCCACCUCUCCCUCCGCACACAGUAUUAGCACCCCCGAGAAGAACCGCUUCCCGCGGGGCACCACCAGCCGCAGCACCUUCCACGGCGCCCAGCUGCGAGACCGCCGCAGCGCCACCUACAACGGGCCGCCGGCCUCGCCCACGCUGUCCCACGACACGGGCGCCUUGGCGCAGCAGCGACGGGGCACCUCCACCGGCAUCAUCAGCAAGAUCACCUCCAAGUUUGUUCGCAGAGCUCUAUCUUUCAGGUCCACUCGGAGGGUGCCCAGUGAGGGAGAGGCCAGUGCUAGGACAGAAACACCCAGGAGCGCGUCGGGCGACCCCAAGGAGGACGGCGGGCGGGACUCCAAGCCACGUUCGCUGCGCUUCACCUGGAGCAUGAAGACCACCUCGUCCAUGGAGCCCUCCGAAAUGAUGCGGGAGAUCCGCAAGGUCCUGGACGCCAACAGCUGUGACUACGAGCAGCGCGAGCGCUUCCUGCUGUUCUGCGUGCACGGCGACGCGCGCCAGGACAACCUGGUUCAGUGGGAGAUGGAGGUGUGCAAGCUGCCUCGCCUCUCCCUCAACGGCGUGCGCUUCAAGAGGAUAUCGGGCACGUCCAUCGCCUUUAAGAACAUCGCCUGCAAAAUUGCCAAUGAGCUCAAACUGUGAUGCAAAAAAGCAACAACAACAGCAACAAAAACCAUGGGCUCAUCUCAACACUGGAUUCAUGCACUGUACGUCCUCGCUGCGCAUUAUCAGGGUGGCCUCGGCUGGUAGCGUGCAAUACUGGCCACGAAUGUACUGCACGGAGGAGAUCGCCUCGUUCGACCCUGUGUGACGGAUUACAGCGACAUCCUUUUCAUUUGUUUGAAACUGUCCGUCCAGGCCUGUGUGUGUGUGUGUGUGUGCGUGUGUGUGUGUGUGUGUGUCUCUCUCUCUCUCUCUCUCUCUCUCUCUCUCUCUCUCUCUCUCUCUCUCUCUCUCUCUCUCUCUCUCUCUCUUUCAAAGGACACGUAACAUGCAGUACGCAGCUGAACACCCUGCAAUAAAUAUUUUUGAGUUUGUUUUCUAAAUGACUACUACCCGAUCUGACGCUGAAUAACUAAAACUAGCCGCUUUUUCCACCUGUGUUCCGUGCAUAUGUAGAGCAGGCUGGAGCUCAUACUAAAAACUAUGUAAAAAGAAUUGUACUGUAUGCAUAACAUCUGCAGGUACUGUAUAUUGAUUUUUGAGUUGUGUACAGAUUUUCUUUCAUGGGAUUUCUUGUUUUUGUUCCUAAUAUACUGUACGUGACAUCUCUUAGAGGAUUAUUAUCCUUUUUUUGGUCUGUGUUUUUUUUUUUUUUUUUUUUUUUUUAAGAAGCCACCCUUUGAGAAUAGUGUUUUUCAUUUUAUUUAAAGAGCACUAAAUUAUUUUGCGGAAUAUGAGAGGGAUACAUUCCCUUGCCUUUCGUGUUCUAUUUUGUUUGCCUGUGGAGGACAUUUAAAAAAAAAAAAAAAAAAAAAAAAAAACUAAGUUGCACCACAUAGUAGUAAAACUGAAAAUGUGUUCACUUUAUUUUUUCUGGGCAGUAGGGGUGUGAAGUGGAGGGCCCUGCUGCACUUUGCACAAGUUUUCUCAGUAUGACAGUAUGCACCUGUUGUUUCUUCCCUUCCUCCAAUAAAAUUUGCUCAUCCUCAGUUCCAUUAAAAGCGGGAUUUGAAUCUGUUCGCCAAGAAGCAUGAGAAGUCAAAACAAAAAGAAGAUAACGUUCGUUGUCGGUCCUGCAUCUCCACCAGUGUGAAACUUGUGUAUCUCCUUUUGUUUUUUGUUUAUUUUUUUUGUUCAUCCAGCAAAUUUAAUUGUAUUUAUUCCAUUACAUUGUAAUGUGCUGCUUUGUAGAAAUGAGGUGUGCACUUUGUUGGAGAAAAUAAAAAGGAUUUUAUUUGUUUGUACUCA